GUCUCUCCAGUCAAGGAGAAACUAAUUGGAGGAAAAGAAUAAACGAAAGGAACUUUUGAAAUACUGAGCGCAGCAAAAGUUUACUUCUCUGCAGCAUGCCUCAGAAAGAUUACAGAAGUCAACCGAGCUGGGAGACUGGUGUUGCCUCCAUGAUGCAAAACAGUCACAGUGGAGUAAACCAGCUUGGAGGUGUGUUUGUAAAUGGAAGGCCUUUACCUGACUCUACAAGGCAGAAGAUAGUGGAGCUUGCUCAUAGUGGGGCUCGGCCAUGUGACAUAUCCAGAAUACUACAGGUGUCUAAUGGCUGUGUGAGUAAGAUCCUGGGUCGGUAUUACGAGACGGGCUCAAUCCGUCCUCGGGCCAUAGGAGGGAGUAAACCCAGGGUGGCAACUCCCGAGGUGGUGGGAAAGAUCGCACAGUACAAAAGAGAGUGUCCAUCCAUUUUUGCCUGGGAGAUUAGAGACCGACUACUGGCAGAGGGAGUCUGCACCAAUGACAAUAUACCCAGUGUUUCAUCAAUAAAUCGAGUGCUCAGGAACUUGGCCACUGACAAGCAUCCAAUGGGGACAGAGGCCCCUGAAGGAAUGUUUGACAAACUGAAGAUACAGGGCCCUUGGGGCGGACGCUCAGGGUGGUACACUGGGACCACAAUACUGAACACAGACUGCCCUCAGACAGACGGAGCGGAAAACAACAUUUCAAUCAGUUCCAACGGUGACGACUCAGAUGAGACUCAGAUGAGGCUUCAGUUGAAGAGAAAGCUGCAGAGAAACAGAACAUCCUUUACCCAGGACCAGAUAGAAGCACUAGAGAAAGAAUUUGAAAGGACUCACUAUCCAGAUGUGUUUGCACGUGAACGACUUGCCAAUAAAAUCGAUCUUCCUGAGGCAAGAAUUCAGGUUUGGUUUUCAAACAGACGUGCAAAGUGGAGAAGAGAGGAGAAGUUAAGGAAUCAACGUCGGCAGGUCUUGAACUCCUCCAGCCAUAUUCCCAUCAACAGCAGUUUUAGCAGCAGUGCUUACUCAUCUCCAGCUCAGCCUUCAGCACCAGUGACAUUUUCUUCAGGAUCCAUAAUAGGAAGAUCGGAUCCAGUUCUGUCCAAUACAUAUGGCCUAACAAUGCCAAGCUUCAGCAUGGCCGCCAGCCUGCCCAUGCAAGCUUCAAACCAGACCUCUUAUUCCUGCAUGCUGCCCAACAGUCCCUCUGUAAAUGGCCGCAGUUAUCAGACGUAUACUCCUCCACAUAUGCAGCAACACAUCACCAGCCAGUCAGUGACGUCCUCCACAACAUCUUCAACAGGUCUGAUUUCUCCUGGCAUCUCAGUUCCAGUCCAAGUUCCUGGAAGUGAAGCAGAAAUGUCUCAGUACUGGCCACGCCUGCAGUGACGUCAUGGCCACCUGUGGUGGCUUCAGGAACAGGACUUUGGAUUCGUUGGUAUGAGAGAGGUCAAUCACUGUCAGACUGACUAUCAGAGCCAAACUGCUGCUGCUGAGGGCUGGCUGAAGCUCAGCAAAUGCAAAAAGACAAAGUCUCCUUUGGUUGCGUUCCAGAAAAUCCUCUGACUCUGAAUGUUCUUAAAAACGGACAGAAUUUGGAGCCUGUUAUACAACAGAAAAUGUUGUGUUAUUUCUGGUGUAUCAGGAAGGUGGGAAAUAUUUUACCUCUAAUGCCAUUUGAUAAUCUUUACAUGCUACUUAAUUUGUGGCGAGUGUCUCUGCCUGGAUAAAAAUACCUUAAUGAAACUGAAAGUGUACUGUCUGCUGUGUUUUGUUUUUUCUUUAACAGACUCCAAAAAGCCUUGACCUCAGACAUGUACAGGACUUUAAAAUAAGGAUUCUUGUAAUACAUGUUUGGUAUUGUAAACCAUGACAUAUUUGUGAACAAGCAUGAUUCAGAUUUGAAAGCGUCGGUGUCCAAAAGAUGUAAAUUGGUUUCUAAUUUCAAGUGUGAAAAUGUUUGUCUUAAGAGUUCUGACAGGGUUUCCACAAUAAAACUGUAAGAACUGCAUUGGUGUGUAUAGGUUUAUAUAUGAUGGGCAAAUCUGCCACAGCUAAAUAUGUGCAAGCCAGAAUUUAGCAUCUUUUUAAGUUUUAAGACCCAAAGACACAUUUCCUUUUAAAUUAGAGCCAGGAAGGAUAGCUUUACAUUCUCCAGGACUGAAGCUGUUUGUCACAUAGAUUUAAAAGAAAUCACUGUCAAAGGCUAAAGGAUUGUGUUAAAUAUAAA